AUGCUGCGCCCAAUGGCAUCUCCGCGCUCAAUAUGCGCUCAUUGUUCGUCCAGAUGGCGUUUGUUCUCGACUAUUCGGCAACCCCAAGCUCCGCCGUCACCACCUCAAGCUGGCUACGCUCGUCUCACGAACCGGGGCUUGAUCUCCAUCACAGGCGAGGAUAGUACGCAAUUUCUCCAGGGCCUAAUCACGCAAAAUAUGUUUAUGGCCAAUGAUCCACAACGCAAAGUCCUCCGACAAACUGGCUACUACGCGGCGUUCCUGAACUCCACCGGCCGAAUACUCAACGACGGAUUUAUCUACCCGCUGCCAGGAACAGAUGAGCCGGGGUGGCUGGUGGAGGUCGAUAAAAACGAGGUCCCGAAGCUUCUGAAGCAUCUAAAGAAACAUAAAUUGCGCGCCAAGUUACGGCUCCGCGCUUUGGACGGCGGCGAGCGAACAAUUUGGGCGAGCUGGAAGAACCACUCUGAGCCGCGCUGGGCGGCGUAUAACUUGGAGACGCCUAGUCCUUCGCCGUUCCCUACGCAUGCAUCGGUUACUGGGUGUAUUGAUACAAGGGCGCCUGGGUUCGGAGCCCGCCUUGUUGUUCCCGGGGAGGAAGACCUACGGACACACUUUCGGGAUGAGGACGAGACACAUAUUCCGGCUGCGGGUGAAGAAGUUGGUCUAGAUGUGUAUACUGUUCGGCGCAUGCUUCACGGUGUCGCCGAGGGCCAGUCCGAGGUGAUUGCCGAGUCAGCGCUGCCGUUGGAAUACAACCUGGAUAUGAUGCGGGGGGUCGAUUUCCGGAAGGGAUGCUAUGUCGGUCAGGAACUCACUAUCCGGACGCACCAUCGCGGUGUUGUGCGCAAGCGCAUUCUACCUGUCCAGUUGUAUAAGGAUGAUUUGCCUGCAACAUCGGAUAGUCCAGUCUACGACCCCUCUGUCGAUGUCCAAAUUCCACCAUCCCAAACAAACAUCGUCAAGGCUGGAACGCGCAAGGGCCGCAGUGCCGGAAAGUUCUUAAGUGGCAUUGGCAACAUCGGACUUGCCCUAUGUCGGUUAGAGAUGAUGACUGAUCUAACACUCACGGGUGAGGCGAGCCAAUUUGAUCCUAAGCAGGAGUUUAGGAUUUCCUGGCAAGGUGAUUCUGAGGGUUCAGAUGCUCAGGGCCAGGGAAGUGGAGAGGUGAAGGUUAAGGCUAUAGUACCAUCAUGGACGAGGGAAUUUGUUCUCUCUGGUGUUGCGAAGAAGAGCGCCGCCAGUAACCAAGAAGGUCACCGGGCAAAAGAUUAUCUAGAACAAUUGGAGGAGGAAGAGUCUCAGCGGUAA